AUGGCUACGUCUAUACUUGGGGAAGAACCCAGAUUUGGCACUACUCCCUUGGCCAUGCUGGCUGCUACUUGCAACAAGAUCGGGAACACCAGUCCCCUUAGCAGCCUCCCCGAGUCCAGCGCUUUUGCUAAAGGAGGUUUUCACCCCUGGAAACGUACCUCCUCCAGCUGCAGCCUGGGAUCCAGCCUUGGGGGCUUCGCAGUGGCCACAAGCCGGGCAUCCGGUGCCCUGACAGGAGGAGGUGCCACCGCCAACAGCGCCUUCUGUUUGGCCUCUACAUCCCCGACCUCUUCAGCUUUCAGCAGCGACUACAGCGGCCUCUUCUCCAACUCCUCCGGGGUUUCCCCCCAGGACGCUGCAGGACAAUCUGCCUUCAUCUCCAAGGUACAUGGGGCAGCAGACGGGUUGUACCCAAGGGUAGGCAUGGCGCAUCCCUAUGAGUCCUGGUAUAAGUCUGGCUUCCACUCAGAGGUGGCAAAUGGGGCAUCAGCCUGGUGGGAUGUACACGCUGCCAGCCCCAGCACCUGGUUAGAGGUGCAGAACCCUCCGGCUGCAGCAGCUGCUCUACAGGGGGCCCUACACACAGGUGGACCCCAUACCCAGCUCAGUGGGUACGGCCCGGACUUCAGUACUUUGACACACUCGGCUUUCAGCUCCACAGGGCUGGGCUCCAGCGCCGCCUCCCACCUUCUCUCCACGGGGCAGCACCUGCUUACCCAGGAGGGCUUCAAACCAGUCCUUCCCUCUUAUCCAGACUCUGGCACAUCAAUGCUCACUGGGGCCUCUGGAGUAGCAAAUGGCGCGACAGGGCGCUCUGCACGCAGAUACUCUGGGAGAGCCACCUGUGAUUGCCCCAACUGCCAGGAAGCAGAGCGCCUGGGGCCUGCAGGUGCCAGCCUUAGAAGAAAGGGGCUGCACAGCUGCCAUAUUCCUGGCUGUGGCAAAGUCUAUGGCAAAACAUCACACCUUAAGGCUCACCUGCGCUGGCACACUGGUGAACGACCCUUUGUCUGCAACUGGCUCUUCUGCGGCAAGAGGUUCACUCGCAGUGAUGAGUUGCAGAGACACCUCCGAACCCACACUGGGGAGAAGAGAUUCGCCUGCCCUGUAUGCAACAAGCGCUUCAUGCGCAGCGACCACCUAAGCAAACACAUCAAGACGCACAACGCAGGAGGAGGGGGAAAGAAAGGCAGCGACAGCGACACAGAUGCCAGCAAUCUGGAGACACCUCGGUCAGAGUCCCCAGAGCUUAUACUGGAAGGUGUAAGGCCUGGGAAAGAAUCAGCCAAUGACUCUUAGGGAGCAGCAGAGACUUUCGGGGUGCAGAAAAGACUCCUCCUUAAAAGCUGCAAACACUUCUAGGGUGCAGGACUCCUUGGAAGCUUUUGGGUUGUAGGGGCCACAUAACCAGCAGGUGCUUUUGGGGUGAAGUAUUGAAUACUUGGCAGCAACAGCCACCUCUGGGUUGCAGCACAUACACCUUGGAAGAAAGAGACACCUUUGGGGUGCAAGAAGGGACUUCUCUUGACCAGCAGCAAUGGGUGAAGCAGUAACUUAAAAGCAGUCCUUCAUUUAUCAGCCACAUUUAUUAGUGGUGUAAUGACUUCCCUUUGGCAGAAGAAGCAGAUACUUUCUGGGGCAGUAGUAAUGGCCUCGUAGGAAUCAACAGUCACUUCAGGGGGGGCAGCAGGACUCCUUCCAGUAAGUGCAACCUCAAUGGAACGACUAUUAUAAAAAAUUAGAGUGAUGAGGGUGAAGUGACUCCUAGGUUGUGGGGUGCAGCAGAUUGACCCAUUCUGUGCAGCAGACACAAUCCCUCCAACUGAUUACUGCAAACUUUCAGCAACCAGAGCAAUAUAACCAGACAGUGUGCGAAGAACUGAGACCGACAUUUCUUUUUCUUUCUUGAUUUUGCUGGAGAAAACACAGACCAUAAAUCCCUAGCUGGAUUAUAU